AGAUGGCACUGUCUCCGGAGCUGUAUGGCACCCCUGCCUCCAAGUUGGACUCCUUCGUGGCUCAGUGGCUGCAGCCCAGCAGGGAGUGGAAAGAAGAUGUGCUGGAGGCUGUGCAGACCGUGGAGCAGUUCCUGAGGGAAGAGACCUUCCAGGGGGAAUGUGGGCUGGACCAGGGGGUGCAAGUGCUGAAGACGGUGAAGGUGGGCUCCUUUGGGAACGGCACAGUGCUCAGGAGCAACGCGGAGGUGGAGCUGGUGGUGUUUCUGAGCUGUUUCCGCAGCUUCCAGCAGGAGGCCAAGCACCACGAAGCUGUUCUGAGAAUGAUAUGGAAGAAGUUGUGGACUUGUCAGGACUUGCUGGCCCUUGGGCUCGAGGUCUUGGGGCUGACGCAGGGAGUCCCCGAUGCUCUCGUCUUCACCAUCCAGACCAGGGGGACUGCGGAGCCUGUGACUGUCACCAUCGUGCCUGCCUACAGAGCCCUGGGGCCUUCUGUUCCCAAAUCUCAGCCACACCCUGAGAUCUAUGUGAGUCUCAUCAGAGCCGGUGGUUACCCUGGAAAUUUCUCGCCCUCCUUCUGCGAGCUGCAGAGAAACUUCGUGAAACAUCGGCCAACCAAGCUGAAGAGCCUCUUGCGGCUGGUCAAGCACUGGUAUCUGCAGUAUGUGAAAGCCAAGUGCCCCAGGGCCAUGUUGCCCCCUCUCUACGCCCUUGAACUACUGACAAUCUACGCCUGGGAAAUGGGGACCCUGGAGGAUGAGAGCUUCAGGCUGGACGAAGGCUUCACCACUGUGAUGGAACUGCUGCAGGACUACGAGCUGCUCUGCAUCUACUGGACCAAGCACUACACAUUCCAAAACCCAGUCAUCGAGGACUGUGUCAGAAAACUGCUCCAAAAAGACAGGCCCAUCAUCCUGGAUCCGGCUGACCCUACCCGCAAUGUGGCGGAAGGGUACAGAUGGGACAUAGUGGCUCAGAGGGCCAACCAGUGCCUGAAGCAGGACUGUUGCUAUGACAACAGGGAGAAUCCAGUCACCAGCUGGGAUGUGAAGAAGGCACGAGACAUCCAGGUGACAGUGGAGCAGUGGGGUUACCCAGAUUUUUGCCUCAUGGUGAACCCGUAUGAGCCCAUAAAGAAAGUUAAGGAGAAGAUCCGGCGGAGCCAGGGCUGCUCUGGCCUGCAGCGUCUGUCCUUCCAGAAACCCAAUGGCAAGCGGCAGCUCCUCGGCAGCCGCAGCUCCCUGGCCGAUUUCGGGAUCUUCUCCAACACUCGCAUCUGUCUGCUGGAGACCAUCACCCCCGAGAUCCAGGUCUUUGUGACGAAUCUGGAGGGUGGGAGCCAUGCCUAUGCCAUCGACCCCAACAGCUUCGUCCUGGGCCUGAAACAGCAGAUAGAAGACAAGCAGGGGAUACUCAGAAAACAGCAACAGCUGGAGUUCCGAGGUCAGGUCCUGCAGGAUUGGUCGGCCUUUGGGAGCUAUGGUAUUGAGGACAGCGACACACUCCUCCUCUCCGAGAAGAAAGCCAGAAAGCCUCCAUAUCUUCCCCACUAGUUUCUUCUGGGAAACCUAUCUGUGCAGUUCUGCCUUCUCAUCUGGGACUCUUCCUAUCAGUCACUUCUUCUAGCUCUCUGCUGGCGAGGUCCUGUUUUCACACCCUUUGUUAAGAGUUAUUGUACCCUUCCCUUCUAGUGGAGGUAUAAGGAGGAGUGUGAAAGAUUAGGUACGCAAAUGACCAGACCAUAUAUGACAAGAGAAUUCUGACCCACAACCUCUAUAGCCACCAGUUUGGGAAGCCAAACCACCACCUGUGCAGCAACCAACCCAAAACUGUCAGGACUUGGUCAAUAACUGCCAGCUUCCCUAAUCCUCCCCUACCCCUUCCAACUCAGGACCAACCAGAGAAAGCCAAGUAAGCCGUCUAACAGUCACGUAGGAUGAUGUCCUGCCUCUGGAUUGCCCGCCUCCAGCUUCCCUCUGCCACCAACUUCAAUCAGGGCACACCUGAGGCCUUCUUGACUUCCCACCAUAAAAUUUCCCCAUUGCCUGUGUUUGAGUCUCUGCCAAAGGCAGGGGAUGUUGGCUGA